AUGUGGUGGAUGCGCGACCUUCAACUGGAAGAAGCAAAUGAGAUUCUCCAGAAAGUCCGUCCCUGUGGGCCCAAGCUGUUCGCCAUUCGAGCGGCUGCAUGCGAUCUGCUGACCGGCAACCCCCUUGAGCAAGUGGAGAUCAACUGGAGGAACCGAGGAGUCAAUGAGACGGUGGAGGUGGCGGGCCUGGACGUGGGCUGGCACCAUGAACCUAUCUAUUCGGUCACUUCGUUCUCUAUCUCACAACGCCAUGCUUCUUUCUUUUCCCGUCCUCCAGCUCUCAACAACACCAUUCUUCCCUCCAACCCCCCACCCCACUACGGCCCCCUAUCAUCUUCCUCCCAGCGCCUGCCAUUGACUCGUGAGCCGGCGUCCAACACAUGGACACUCACGAGAGAGCUGCCGGUUGUGGGCUCUUCGCUUGACCCAGCAGCACGUGAUCUGCGGAAGAGGAUCAUGCAGGAAGGGGCCCCCUUAACCCUUGAAGAUAGAGCAGCAGUGGUCGCCAAGAUAGUUGAGAUUGCAGGGACUUUGUAG